CGAUGCCUCGAGGUCGGGUAACUACCUAUUGCAGAGGCUCAAGUCUAAAUGUCGCCCUUUUAGGAUUAAUUUUGGUAUUUUCAUUAAUUGAAGGAGCUGUGGUGGAGAGAACGGAAUGGCAGCUAGGGACUGAUCAAUCUGUUGACCUUGGUUCAUUUCCCCACGUAUGUCUUGGUAACAUACACAAGUGUCCCCAUGGUUUCACAGUGUCACUGUGGUACAAACCACUCUAUGGAGACACCAACAACGCGGAGCGAUACAUCGUAUCAAACGGUGGUCAAUCUUCCCUGUCUGAAGGCUUCUACCUCCGCCUAAUGCACGGCAAAGAGUUCCAAAUUGGAACUUCUGUUGCGGGUAGAGAAUGGAACAUUGAAUUCAAACUAGGAUUUGAUGAAUGGACGCACUUGACAUUGACUUGGAAAUCACCAGAUGGUCUCUGUCUCUACGUAGAUGGCUUUCGCGUUGCUUGUGACAUCAAAGGCAAAGACAGAUUCUUCGUCCAAUAUGGUGACAUCGAUCCAUUCCCAAGGCUGGUGGUGGGGAAGGCAAGUGAUAAACUUCGGACGAGUCCAGGAACUGUUGCCAUACAUAUCAGAGAUUUGAUGCACGUAGAUGUUGCUAUGGACCAAGAGCAAGUCAUGAAUAUCACAGCACCAACAGAUUAUCUUCUUGGAUGUACGGAUGAUACUCCUGGAGAUGAAGUUAUUAUUCCGAAUGAUGAAGGUGCCCUUGCAUCCUGUCGCACAUACUGCCAACCAAAGAACAACACAGCAGUUUUGAGAGGUUCCUCGUGUGGAUGUUCGGAUAAAAAAUCUAUUUCCAUUCAUCAAGAGUGCAAGGAAAACGACUGGAAUGUUUAUGCAACAACGCACAUCGUUGGGGAUUUAGAUUAUGCAAUCAACCUUAAAGUAGAAGUUAUCCUACCAACUGAUAAAGGUUACACUCGCCCAGGUGAGACCAUCCAAUUCAACCUCAUCACAGAUACUGAUGAGAAAACAAUUUACCAUGUUAACUUUGGUGAUGGGGUCGUUAAGACAACUCACGAUCCUAAGACAAGCCAUACGUGGGACACAGAGGGGACAUACAUUGUCACUAUCAAGGCUAGAAAUAGGAAGCACCAAGAGACCAAAACUAUAGAUGUCACAAUCACUGAUGUCGAUGAGAAUGUAAGACCAAGAUUUGCUCACAUAUCAACUAGUCAUUCUAACGUGACAAGAUCUCAAUUGGUAAACAUUGAUGCGUUCAGUGAUUCAGACUUUACAUGCAGGUUUGGAUUUGGAGACGGCAAUGAAAUCGAUUUUGGAACUUCCGAAUCCAGUCUGUUGAGUAAGGUAGCAUACAGAAGAUACUCUUCCCCGGGAGUUUACCAACUUGAUUUAGGCUGUAGGAAUUCCUAUGGAAACACUACACAAUCGUUACAAACAAUUGCAAGAAACUAUCAAACAGAUUACUCCAAUAUCGCAUUUGGAAAAUCCUUUAAAAUGUCACUUCGUUGCUCUACAACGGACAUAAAUACGUUAGACAUACACCUGGAUGGAACAACUGUAAACCCAGCCUUUUAUACGAUCGCAAAUGGUAGCCUAACCAUUGGACCAGAGGCAAUAAAAGAGACCGGAAAACACUUAGUUCUGGUCAAGAGUCAAGCCACUACAAUACUUAGACACGUAUUCAACAUUGAAGAAGCAAUUAGCGGUAUCAACAUAACCACGAAUCCUCCAUAUGCUGAAGUUGGUGAAGAUAUUACUCUAACUUUCAUUGUUGCAAAAGGUGACUAUAUGGACAUUGAACUUGAUUACGGCGAUGGUGAGUCUGAAUAUGUGUUCUUUGAAAAGCAGAGUGAUCCAGUUGUUAUGACCAGAACACAUUCUUAUUCAGGGCUAGGAUACUACGAGGUGUCCAUGCGUGUUUUUAAUUCAAUAAGUGAGGCAACAACAAGACAUGGAGUAUCAAUAGAAAGACCAAUCGAAAGUGUUGUCAUGGUUGCGAAUAACGUAACGGAUUUGGAAACUCCAGUAAAUUUCAUAUUCUCAGUUGAUCUUCAUGUCAACCCAUCGAUGCCUAUUCAAUGUCGCUUUGAUUUUGAUAAUGGCGUAUCUGAAUCUGUCAAAAUUGGUGAAAUCAAAGGCGAGUCACAAGAUUUAGUUUACAGCCGAAUGUACGAGGAUUAUGGAAUAUACACAGUCAGGGCCACGAUUGGAAACAACAUUUCUUCUAUUGACGUCUCCCAAUUGAUACAGGUUGGUGAGAACCUUACAUAUAUUGACAUAUGGGCUGAGACAGAAAGAACGUCAACUGACCAUCCAGCCGAACUGAAGAUUGUUUACCCAUAUGGAUCUCCUGUUGAGUUCAAGGUGGACUUAGAUGAUGGCCAAACCCUUCUUCUACCACAAGGUAUCCUGGUUAAUACGUCAGAUGAUACAUCCGUGCGUGUCAAAGUUGAGGACGAAAGAGAGCCUUUGACGAUGCUGAACAAAACGACUCCCACAAGGCAUGAUAUUCAACGUACAUCCACAAGUAAACCUUCGGGCGUGACAUCAACGUGGGUAGUUUUAAAUAUAAACGAUACCAUUGCAACCGACGCAAAUGUCCCCAUUAUUGAUCUAAUAGAUGACAUUGAUGUAACAACAGAAUCUGUAAUUAUUGUAAAUGAAGACAUCGAUCAAAUUGUUACUUUGGAUCCAAUUGAAGAAUCAGACGAUAUCAGAAUUUUGCCAGUUGAUAUGGACCAAUCUGAUAGUUUACCAAUUAUACCAGCUAAUGUAACAGAAGGCCGUGAUAUUAUUGAGCGAAACACAGGUGGUUUCAUAGGACAAAAGACAAGUGAACAAGAACUCAGACGAAAACGACGUGACCUUUUUAAUGAUGGGAGUGGAGACGGGGAAUCAAGUGGUGAGGGAAGUGGAAACGAAAAUCCCAUAAAUGUCAAUAUCAUGUUUGAAGAUCAUAUCUAUACAACCCUAUCCCCUGAGCUGAUUAGGCACGAUGAUAUGCCAACUGCAUACGAUAUCCCACCAAAAUACCAAGUUGUUACAGUGUAUCAUAGAUACAGAAAUCCCGGUAGAUACACAGUGCAAGUUGACGCUAGAAACAAGUUUAGCACCGCUCAAAGCACUUUGUGUCCACCAAUUAUGGUUGAACAUCCCAAUGAUGACCCGGCGUGUAGAAAUCCAAUAGUUGCAUUCAGGAAUAUAAGAACAAACCGAGACCAACCUAUCGUACAGAUGAGGUCACUAGACUUGCCCAUUGCAUUACAAACUGUCCCUAUGUGUGGUACCAGUAUGCCGGAAUAUACAUGGAAAGUGACGAGGUUCAUCGACGAUGAUUUUGGAAAUGUGAUUGAACGUCCAGUAAACGAAGUGUGUACAGUAGAGUCAGAAGACCCAAUCCACGUUAUCCCAGCGCGUUCUUUAGAAUAUGGCAAGUACAAAGUUCAAGUGAGUGUAGCACAAACUGAUAUGCCGCUAAAAUCAACAAGUAAACAACUAUAUGUGGACAUGGUUAAAACUCCAAUUGUGGCGAAUGUUGAAGGGUCUGGUGAAGUUCAGACAGUUGCCAUAUUUGGGAACAUUGAUCUUGACAUGACCUCCUCGCAUGACCCGGAUGUUAGUCUUGGAGCAAACGAUCCACUUUUAAAGUUUGAUGUUUUCUGCUUUCCCGAGGAGAAAACUGAGCUACUGGAAAGUUCAAGGCUGAUUGAUCUAAAAGAGCAAGCGAGAGAAAUCCACAAUGAAACAGUAAGUUUAUGGGAUAUGGGUUGUUUCAGUUCCCCACCAACUCCAAUCUUCACAGAGCCUGGAAUUAUAAGAUUCACUGCUGGAUCAAUGAGCAUGCAGGUUUAUACAUUCAAGCUCAUACUGUCCAAAGAUAAUCGGCAAGCUGACGAUUCUGUCAGUUUUAGAGUCCUUGCCACAAACAACACCGAUGAUAUGUUGAGUAACAUUGAUGCACUACUUGCGAGCGGUGACACAUCCGGGGCUCUCAUGGUAAUUGGGAUGGCUGCCAAUCAGAUACAAGCCGCGGGAUCGGGUGGAAAUCAAAGCGCAGAUGAUGCAAAAGCUGCCAGAACUCAGAUGCGUGCUAAACUAUUGAAUGCUUUGGAAAACGUGGCUGACAACAUUGAUAAGCCAGACCAGGCGGCUGCAACAGCAAGUGCAUUGGAGGGUAUCACUGCCGCUAAAGAUGAAGUAACUGCUGAAAGUAAAUCAUCUGCGGGAGCUGCACUUGGUAAACUCGGUUCAUCAGCCAAGAAGUUUGCUACUGAACCCAUGGGCACAAUCACUAAUCUUGCUGGUGCCAUGUUGAAUACAGCUAGUAAUAUUCUCCCGGAGCAGGAACCAGAACCCAACUCAUCCAAGAGACGCAGACGUCGCAGGAGUCUGGAAGAAGCAGAGGAAGAAAACAUCGAGGAACAAAUGGUGGAGAUUUGUGAGGUGGACUAUACGAUAACAGACAUAACAGAUGACCAGGAAAAGACCAUCUGUGAUUUGUGUAAUGAAGAUGAAGUCAGCUUUUUAGUGGAUGAAACGUCGACAGUGAUUAUGAACUAUAUUGAAGAAUGUCUUUACUCACAACCUGAAGUGAGAAUAGAUAAACUUUUGGAACUCAAAGCUGCGCGUGCAAAACGAGAGGAAAUAGCGCGCAGUUUGGCCAAAUCUACAACUGAGAACUCUGUAAAAGCCACCAGCGAUGUAAGUGAUGUCAUAGUUGGCAAACUGGACAACAAUGCUUCCAUGGGAUUGAAGUCCUCAUCUCUUGAACUACAGGUGUCCAAAGUAUCACCAAAUGCAUCAGAACCAGCUGCUAUGGAGUCUGACGUGGGAGGUUUCAGUAUGCCUGGGAGUGAACUUGGUUCUGAAGACGGCGAGGCGCCGGGUGCUAAGUUCCUUGCAUCGAAUAACAACAUCUACAAUUGGGAUACAGAAACGCCAGCUCCAGAAUCAGGCGUUUUAAGCAUCUCGUUCACCUAUCCCAAUGGUACUGAAAUGAAGAAAGAGAACAUGUCAGAGCCAAUCGAAAUGUUCAUUAAUGGUAAACCUGACCUUGUCCCGGAGGCUUUAAACUACACAUUUACGACAUACAGGACAGGACCAGAGAAGGACAAACUAAAGAUGAAUCAUCACAGCGUGACCCUGCCAAGAAAUGGCUCUUCUCUCCACGUCAUCAUCUACCCAAUGACGGAAGAUGACGAAUAUGACGUAUACAUGGCAUACGGAAUAUUUCCAAAUGAGACUUACUUUGAUUAUAAGACCCAUAUACCAAGUGAUGAGGUGUUCAACACAAAGGAUGAAUCAAAGCUUGAUGUAUUGAGACACACUGUAUUUGCGCCAAGUAACUUGACUGCCCUAAACGGAACAUAUUACAUUGGAAUAAAAUUAGCAGCGACCAAAGUUAACUUCGCAGAGGAGUCGUGGAACCACACAUAUACAUUCCGCACGUUCACCUCUGGCUGUAGAUAUUGGAAUGAGGAAAAUCAGACAUGGGCAGGAGAUGGAUGUAUGGUCGGGCCUAUAACUACUAUUGAGAAAACUCAGUGCCUUUGCACUCAUCUCACCAAUUUUGGAGGCGACUUCGUGGUACCCCCUAACAGCAUCGACUUUAGCACUGUCUUCGCCAAAUUUGCAAAACUCGGUGAGAAUGCGGCGGUCUUCUCUGUCGUUAUUUCUGUAUUGGGAUUGUAUUUCAUAGCUCUCGUUUGGUGCAGGAGAAAAGACAAACAGGAUUUAAUUAAGUGGGGAGCCAAGCCUUUAGAAGACAACAUUCCAACAGAUCAGUACCAUUAUCAGAUGAUUGUCUACACGGGCAUUAAACGCGAUGCUGACACCAAGUCAAAGAUUAGUUUUAUCCUAUCAGGAGAUGAAGGCGACACAGGCGUCCGCCGCUUGUUCGACGGAGAGAAAAAGCAUUUUACUCGCGGAAGCAUACGUAACUAUGUCCUGAGUACUGAUAAAUGCAUCGGACCAAUGACAUUCCUAAGAAUCUGGCAUGACAACUCAGGCAGAGGGAAGUUCAAAGGGUGGUAUUGUGAACAGGUGCAGCUCGUUGACUUACAAACUGGAGACAAGUAUUUCUUCCUGUGUAACCGUUGGUUGGCUGUUGAGGAGGAUGAUGGCCAAGUAGAGAGAAUAGUCCCUGUUGCUGGCUUAGAGGACCUUGUAGAUUUCAAACAUUUAUUUGGCACUUCAGUCAGGAAGAAGCUGAGUAACGACCAUCUUUGGGUAUCUGUCUUCUCGCGUCCCACGAGAAGUGGUUUUACGAGAGCACAGCGUCUCUCUUGCUGUCUAUCAUUACUGUUUCUCACUAUGAUCACAAACGCCAUGUUCUUCAAAUCAGAGGAAAAGGUUGAGAAUAAAAGUGCUUUGAAACUGGGCCCAUUUUCCUUUACGCUAUCACAAUUAUGGGUAAGCCUAGUGAGUACAUUUAUUGUAUUUCCACCAAACUUGAUUCUAAUGACAUUCUUCCGCAAAUGCAAACCUCGAAAUAAUAACAUAAUGCAAUCGAACCAAAGAAAAACAAAGAUGUUCAAAUGGAAGACCCUCAGCAAGGACAAAGACAGCUCACUUUGGGCAGGCUCUUCGAUUAAGCUUAAGCAAUCAAAGUUCACAAGGUUCAAGGACGCGCUGCAUAAGAUAGUUACCGUGCACCAACAGAAGAAAUAUGAAGAUGACUACAAUGAGAAAGAUGCUGCUGCCGAAAUUGCGGGGAAAAAGCGGAAGAAAAAAUCUUUUUUGUUUCCAUGGUGGUGUGUCUACAUUGCUUGGGCCGUUUGCUUCCUGAGUUGUGCCGGAUCGGCGUUCUUCACUAUUCUCUAUAGUUUAGAAUGGGGCAAAGAGAAGGCGGAAGAGUGGCUUACGACAUUUCUUCUUUCAUUCUUUCAAAACGUUAUUGUGGUACAACCAAUCAAGGUAUUCCUGCUGGCUGCUUUCCUAGCCUGCAUACUGAAAAAGCCCGAUCUUGGUGAGGAUGAUGAAACCUUUGACAACAAUCCUUUGGAGGAAUUUUCCAAUGAUGAGAGCAAGCUCAACCAAUCACGCAUAGAAGAGUUGAUUCAGAGGCGCAAAAUGGCAGCAGCGGAGGUUAAACCACCCGAUACUAAAGCUCUGGAAAAAGCCAGACAGAAACGACUCAAUGAAAUGAAGAUGGAAGCGAUUCUGAAGGAGUGUGUGGUUUAUGCUGUCUUUUUACUGGUUCUUUUCUUCUUGUCAUACCAAGCUAAAAGCAUGGCUGGAUUUGAGUAUGCCAACGUUCUCAAAAACCAAUUCGUAGAUACUGGCUCUGACUUAACUGGGAUAAGUCGACCUGACCAGUUUUGGAGUUGGUGUCGCAAAACAUUGGUGCCUGGAUUGUUUGCCGAAAAGUGGUACAAUGACAGACGCCUCACAUGGCGGGAAUCUAUUGCUAUGGGAGAUCGAGAGACGUUCAGGGUUGGAGUGGCAAGGAUCCGACAGGCAAGAGUCAAAGAUGACACCUGUGUUAUUGACAAAAACUUCAGAUCAGUGAUUCACCAUUGUCGAGACUCUUAUUCAUGGACGGAUGACGACACCAAAGCCUACCUUCCGGGUUGGAAGCCCCCUGAGAACUUCACCGAUGAACAGACAGAAGAGCUAGAGGACAGGGAAGAUACACCUUGGGUGUACCAGAAUUCAGUUCGUCUUCGCAAUGCUCCUUAUAUGGGCACACUCCAUGUGUACAAGGGAGGUGGAUACGUCCAUAAUCUAGGACUCACCGCCGAGAGAUCUCACAAGGUUAUUGACGAACUUGAAGAGAAAGAAUGGGUAGAUGUGAACACAAGAGCGGUCUUUGUUGAAUUCACUGUUUACAAUGCUAAUGUGAAUCUGUUCGCCUCGGUCAUACUGCUGGUUGAGUUCAUGAGCACAGGGGCCGCCAUACCAAGAAGUGAAAUCAAGGUGUUCAGACUCUAUGGUUUUGUGGGGAGCUGGGGAGUUGUAGUCCUUUUCUUCAAUAUCGUUUUCCUUGUGUUUGUAACAUACUUCAUCUACCAUAUGAUUAAACUUCUCAGAAAGGAAAAGCUGAAAUAUUUCAAGGAUUUCUGGAACUUUCUCGAAUUUGGAACGCUGGUGUCAUCUAUUGUUGCCAUAGCGAUGUAUGCAAUGAAGACUGUAAUGGGCAAUUUGGCAAUGUCUGCCCUGCUUGAAAGUGGGAAAAAGGACUAUGUGAAUUUUGUGUCCAUUGCUGCUUGGGAUGAACUUUACCAGGCGGUUGUUGGUAUCAUAGUCUUCUUCUCUACUCUGAAGUUCAUCAAAAUGCUUCAGUUUAACAAAAAUAUGUGUAUGCUCGGAGACACCGUCAAACUGGCCGUCAAGGACUUGAAGAUGUUCUGUAUCACGUUUUUCAUCUACUUUUUCGCAUUCUGCUUGUGGGGCUAUACCCUCUUUGGUACGCAGCUACCAAAUUACGGCACUUUUGUUGGAUGCAUUGAAGCAUUGUUUGCAUUUUCUUUGGGAUCCUUCGAUUUCUACGAAUUCCGAGAUGCAAAUCCGUUUUAUGGACCUAUUUUCUUUUUCCUAUUCGUUGGUAUUGUUUAUAUUGGUUUGAUGGGCAUGUUUUUGACUAUAAUUGGGGAAGCUUUCUCGAAAGUCAAAGAGGAUUCGUCGCUGCAAUCGAACGACUAUGAAAUUGUGGAUUUCAUAUGGGGAAGGUUCAUUGGAUUGUUUGGGUUCAGUAAUAAACCAGCACAAAAGGAACCCUCUGAGGAUCCUCUACAAGAACCAGAAGAGUGAACCUCGACACCAUCUAGAUACAAAUGACUAAAUGUUUGAUGAAAAUGAUGACGAUAAUGUUCACCAUAAUCGUGAACCAGAAUGGAUAAUGGACAACCAUAGGAACAGUUUCACAUGCAUUAGCAGAAAACGUACGAAACAUUGAGUUUAUACAAUUCAUCAUUGCAUCGAUGUUGACUUCUUUCCUUCUUCCCUUUUACUAACUGUUUUAACACCUUUUCGUAAGUCUCUCUUUGGUACAAAUGCUUAUGUAUUUACAUCGGUUAUCGGAAGUACAAAACCUUAAAAUAUAGAUGCCAAUUAAGAAGUUAUUUCACAGUUGCCUCUUGCAGUGGUCAGUUGUAACUCCAAUGGAUCGUCAGAUUAAACAACAUGUUAACAACAUUUUACAAUUAACAUGACACAGUAAUAUUGAUAAUUAGUUGCCAAGUGAAGUUACUUUUUUCUAUAAAAACCUGACAAACAGGUUUCUUUGAGACCUGCGUUUUGAGAUUUUGUUUUUAACGAAAUGUUAAAAGAAGAUGACAGUCAAAUUAUUAUCACGAAAUGCAAUAAAUCUUUACACUACGCAAGAUAUCGCA